AUGCCCGUUUACGUAGUGGAGGAGCAUAACGACGCAUUACAAUUUAUUUAUUCAGCUAUCGGCGGAAAAAAGCUGCCCGUCGAGGGGGUCACGUUGCUGCACCUCGACGCACACCCAGAUAUGCUCAUAGACCGUAAAAUGAGCGGGAAGGAAGCGAGGUCGGGGAGGGCGCUGUUGCCUUUGUUGCAGAUAGAGAAUUGGAUAAUGCCGGCGGCCGCUGCUGGCCACAUCGGACGCGUGGUGUGGCUGCGGCCGCCGUGGGCGAAGCAAUUCGCCGACGGCACUUGUGUCAUGCAGGUCGGCGACCAUCCCCUAUCGGGCCUGCUUCGGGUCGAUAGUAAGGAGCCGUACUAUCUUUCCGACGCCCUAUACUCCGCCAAGCUCAAAAACGCCAGGCCGUUGGCCUUCACCGUUGCCGAACUGGCGAAUUCUAAGGGAGACCACAUAAGCGGCUUAGCCGAAAACCUUCAAAUAUCCCAACCCUACGUGCUGGACAUAGACCUCGAUUUCUUUAGCACGGGAAACCCAUUUCUGGGUCUGUACGAGAGCGUCGGACUGUACGACCGUUUGGAGCCGAUAUUCGAGUUCCAACUCCCGGCCGACGACGACGUCGGGACGCUGGAGAGGGUUGUCGAGUUACGUGAACGCCAGCUGCGGGAGAUCGAAAACUUGUUCGGGCACUUGGAGGAGCACAACGGUUUCCUGAACUACGUCGGCGAAAAAACCGAAUUGUUUAAGAUGGUGUCGGACCUAGCUGAUGUCGUGUCAGCGGAGGCGAAACGGCUCGGCGAGCGGCCUAACUGGUGGGCGGUUUUCGCUGCGGGCUGCACCAGGGACCAGGGUGGCCUGCCGCACCACAGGAGCACCGAAGAGGAGAUCCGACACUACGCCACGACGGUCCUGAAGCAGUUGUUGAAACGUCUCCCUCCACCCGUGCUGGUCACAGUCGCCAGGUCUACGGACGAUGGUUACUGUCCGCCGGAUCAAGUAGACUUCAUUCAAACACUGGUCCUACAGACAUUAGCAGAAGUGUACGACACUGAUGACCCGUACUUAUAUUAUUUAAAUGUCAACAUCCCUGAU